UUGCCCAAUCCAAUUGUCGAUCUUCUGUGGUUGAUGUAUGGCGUAGUGUAAACAUGGCAGGCUCAGUGUUGGAAGCCGUGCGCAACGUACAUAAACCGCUUAUUUUCCAAGAGCAGGCACCCGUCCGGAAAUCUCAUCCCUUUUAGAACACCAGGAACCAUAUAGGAAGUAUUGUGUUCUGCUGUCUUGACGUGUAAUUGAGAAAUAUCAAUCAUGUCUGUUCAAAAUAUAGAUGAUCUAUGUAGUGAAUUAACUACCAUUUUGGGUGACUGCCUUGCAAGUGGUAGAAUAAAUGAAGCAUUGUCUGUUAUUUACAAUGUUAAAUAUGAUCAGUGCAUAAAGGAUAAGAGCUGGGAUAUUAUACCUUCAGUCACGAAGUUUCUCAUACAGGAAACUGUUGAUAAUUCGCCUGAAGUUUUUGACUGCUGUGAAACGUUGCUCAAAGAAAUUGCUGAAAAAUCCAGUCCAGAAGAAGCACUGUUAGAAUUCCUGGAACAAGCUGAAAGUUUUGAAAAUGAUGUGAAAUUCCUUGCAUUGCUAAAGCCAAUUCAAAUAAUAUUGUUUAAGUUGCCAAAAAGAAGAAGGCAGUCCUUAGAGUGGUGUCUGAAUAUGAUUGAGUCUCAUGUUACAUCACUGCCAGUCCCUGAAAACUACAGACUAGAGGGAGAAGAAAGAAAGCUCUUGGAUUCAGAUCCUUGUGUUUGUCGCAUAACAAAAGUAUAUGGAGGAAUUGUGCCUUUUUGCAAGCCUUUUGUAAAUGAAGUGUCACUGCGACAGAGAGCUGAAUACCAGAAAAAUGUUCAGAGAGAUUUACUUAUAUGCUUUAUCCUCCAGCUUUUGGGGCAUCCAUUAGCAUUCUUAGACUUGGAGUGUUACGAGAAAUCAAGCAGUGCCAUCAGGUCUAUGACGGAAGAACUGUUGACUUUCUUAACAUAUCUUGCGGGUGACCUCAUGGUUUUCCUUGAAUAUGCAGAAACAAGAGAAUCUGAAAGAAGAUCAAAGAGAAAUGAGAACUUUACCACCGGAAAUAGUGAUGAGGACAUUUUCUGUAGAGAAGAUAAAGUUCCAGUUUUAUCCAUUGCUAUACUAUACUAUCUCGUACUAGCAGAACAUAUUCAACUGAGUGAAGCUCCCUGUAUAUACUCACCAUUGUAUAUCUUCCAAAGAUGCUUGUAUUUGAUAGUGGUUCUAAUAAAACAUUCAGAAGAACUUGUUGUACGCAAGGGAUUGUUGUUAGCAAAUGCUGUAUUGGUAACAUUAUCAGAAGGCAGUGUUCCAUGGAACAUACUGGAAUCGCCAAUACAUAAAGAAUUUGUGGAAUCUCUUUCAAAAGUCAUGAUUUGUUGUGAAGUGGAGAGUUUUAGGAAAUCUGCAGUCCUUAUAUUACGCAGUUACUUGUUUAAGUUUGAUGCCAAAGGUCGAUAUUUACUGAUGUUGAAUCUUCCAACAGUUGUAAACCAUUCAGGUAUCUUAGGCUAUUUGAUAACACAACUUAAGGAUAUGAUUAUUAAUGCACUGAGCAGCACCAUGACACUAGCUUACUUCACUGGCAAGACUCUGUAUGAUCUGAUGUCAAUAUAUUGUUCAUUAGAACAUGGGGCUGAAACUGAUCUUGUGGAGAAUGUCGAUCAGAUUGUUUCAGCCCUUAACUUAAUUAGAUUCCUUGCCCUUCGUGACCGAGAAAAUAAAACAGGGAUGUGGGAUUAUGUUGGAGUUCUUGAGAAAUCUUUGCUUGAGCCUCUCAGAGAAGGCAUAAAACUUUCCAGAGCACAUUACAAGCUGAUGCUCAGAGACCUAGAAGAAGAGAAGAAUGGCAUGGUGAACAGUGAUGGACUGACUAGAAAGUCGAAUGUGGCAAUAACUGUUGGAGGUCAGAUGUUACCCAACUUGACUCAUGAAAAUAAAGUGACAGUUAUAACAUCAGCUUUGAAUUCAUUUGAGCUCAUAGAGAGUUUGCUGAGUCGCGUGAAUGAGUGUAUUGACAGCGGUACAUUGAAGUCAUGAGACCCUUCACCUUUAUGUAAUACAAAAUUGUCUUCAUAUGCAACAUUACUGCAGUAAAAUUGUAAUUAUGUUGAAUAAAUUUAUGGUAAUAUGCUAUGUUAUUUGAAUAAUAAAUACAUUUCUCUUUGCACACAUUUA